UCAUUCAUUCAAACUACAUGCUCUGAAUCUAAGAUAAUUAAGUUGACAGAUUUUACCGUGGCUUGUACGCUGUCCAUCACUCCGACUGGUCGUGGUCGUGUAUAAUUUGAAAAAACUUGUUCUUAAGGUUCGUCAUUACUGAAAUUUAUGUAUUCCGAUUAUAAUAAACAUUAAGUUUUUUUUUCUUCAAAUAAUUCUCACAAAUGGAAAACGCCUGGAAAACUGAACUCCCGGAGUUCCGUCCUGAAGAUAAUCCUCAUGGGCUUUUGGAAGAGAGUUCAUUUGCUACAUUAUUUCCCAAGUAUCGAGAAACUUAUUUGAAAGAAUGUUGGCCCUUAGUCCAAAACUCUUUAUUGAAAUACCACAUCAAAGCCGAUCUAGACUUACUUGAAGGUAGCAUGACUGUACGCACUACACGUAAAACUUGGGAUCCUGCUUCCAUUUUAAAAGCUCGGGAUUUAAUCAAAUUACUGUCUCGAAGUGUACCAUACGAACAUGCCAUACGUGUCAUGGAAGAUGACAUGGCUGCUGAUAUUAUCAAAAUCGGUUCUAUGGUUAGAAAUCGAGACAAAUUUGUUAAACGAAGACAAAGGCUUAUUGGACCAGGAGGAUGUACUCUAAAGUCUAUUGAACUAUUGACCAAUUGUUAUGUGCUUGUACAAGGACAAACUGUAGCAGCUCUUGGUCCGUUUAAAGGACUCCAGCAAGUACGCCGUAUUGUGACAGAUACUAUGAAAAAUGUUCAUCCCAUUUACAAUAUUAAAUCAUUAAUGAUCAAACGUGAAUUAGAAAGAAAUCCUAAAUUAAAAAACGAAAACUGGGAUAGAUUUUUACCUAAUUUCAAACCCAAGAAUGUGCCUAAAAAGAAGUCUAUCAAAAAAUCAAAGAAACCAUAUACUCCAUUCCCACCAGCUCCAACAGAGAGCAAGAUUGAUAAGUUGUUGGAAUCAGGAGAAUACUUCCUUAAAGAAGAGGAAAAACAAAAAAGGAAAAAGAAGGUAAAAGAAGAUAAGCAAAAGGAAGCUAAAAUAAAAAGAGAAGCUAAACGUAAUAUGGCAUUUAUUCCACCUGAUGAAUAACCUACUAUAAUUUAAUAUUAUAUAUUUUUAAUUUUUUAUGAUAGUUAAGAACUAUAUUGAAGUUACAUAAACUUUAGGUGCCUCUAUGUAAUAUAAAAAUGGUUGAAUUUUCAUAAAUUGUAUUAUUUGAAAUAUAUUAACAUCUAAAUUACUCA